AUGUUCGUGUGGGCCAUGGCCCACAGGUACCUCCCGCACAAUCUCGAUGACCACUUGAUGAAAUACGCCAAUAUUUUGUUUGGAUACAUCUACCCAUUCAUCGAGAUCAAGAUCCCAGAAUACAACGGCAAGCGAUUCGACCGCAGCGAUACCUACGUUGCAAUCCAGACGUACCUGGCAUCCACCACCUCCGGGUCGGCCAAGAGGCUUAAAGCUGAGGUGGGCAAAGACAGCAAAAACCUUACCUACAGCAUGGACGAUCACGAGCAAGUCACCGAUGAAUUCCAUGGGGCUAAGCUGUGGUGGUCAUCCAGUAGGGCGGUCGCAAAGUCGAUGAGCAUAUCUUGGUUCCCCUCACAGGAGGAACCACGGUAUUACACCCUCACAUUACACCGAAGGCACCGCCAGCUUGUCAUGGACUACUACAUGAGCUACGUUGUGGAAGAAGGGAAGGCAAUCGAGGUGAGAAACCGGCAGAGAAAGCUGUAUACCAACAGCCCCAGUAGCAACUGGUAUGGCUACAAGAAGACUCUGUGGAGCCACGUCGUGUUCGAGCACCCGGCGACAUUUGAUACGCUGGCUAUGGACCCAGAUAAGAAGCAGGAGAUCAUAGAGGAUCUCGAGACAUUCCGCGAGUCAAAGGAUUACUAUGUAAAGAUUGGCAAGGCAUGGAAGCGAGGCUACCUCCUUUACGGCCCACCUGGCACUGGGAAAUCCUCCAUGAUCGUCGCCAUGGCUAAUUUCCUGGACUACGAUGUGUACGACCUCGAAUUGACAGCCGUGAAGAACAACACGGAGCUGAGGAAGCUCCUGAUCGAGACCACCAGCAAAUCUAUCAUGGUCAUCGAAGACAUCGACUGUUCUUUAGAUCUGUCCGGCAAGCGGAAAAAGAAGGCUGAGAAAUCGGAGAAGGACACAGAUGAGGAGAAACUUCCACCUGGGGUAGACAAGGACGACGAUACUAGCAAAGUUACUCUCUCAGGGCUACUCAAUUUCAUUGACGGACUGUGGUCAGCUUGCGGAGGAGAACGGAUCAUUGUCUUCACCACAAACCAUUUGGAGAAGCUGGAUCCGGCUCUUAUACGGAGAGGUCGGAUGGACAAGCACAUCGAGCUAUCAUACUGCAGCUUCGAGGCUUUUAAAGUGCUGGCAAAGAACUAUCUCAACCUCGACUCGCACCCUCUAUUCGAGACUGUCCAGCAACUGAUUGAAGGGAGUAACAUCACCCCAGCAGAUGUAGCCGAGAACCUGAUGCCCAAGUCCUCCAAAGCCACUGCUGCUGAUAAGGCAAACACCUGCCUUAAAAACCUGAUUCAAGCUCUCCACGAGGCCAGGGAAGAAAUGAAAUCCAAGGAAGCAGCUGCUCAGUUGGAAGAGAAGGGCGGUGGGGAGAAGGCCGAAAUCGACAAAGAUGAUGCUGGCAAAGAUGGCGAUUAAAAUCAACUACGACUAGUAUGAGGAUUAAAUCAAAUUUCAAUACGCAAUAACAAUUUGAUUUUCAGCAACAAUAGAUUGGGAGUACGUAGCGUAGUUCCCCCUUUGAAACUUUCUGUUAUUUGUUUUGUAAGUGGUUAAUGAGAUUAUUAGUAUAAAUGUAUAAUGUAUGGGUUGUGUAUGGAAUCUCUACCAUGGUUUUCUCAAUAGGAAUGAACGAUCGAUAACAAG